AUGCAGACGGAUUACAAGGACCUUGAAUGUCACGGGACGUUAUUGCCGGAGCCGGAUGCUAGGGAAGAGGGCAGCGCUGCCCGGUCCGCCACCCGGCCCGACGGCCCCAGGCCCCCGUUCGGCGCGCGGGCUCGGCCCCGGGCGCUGCCACCCGGCAACCCGCGGGGGUCCCGGCGGCUCCGCGGCGCGCGGCAGGGGGGGCUCCCUCCCGGCCGGGCAAGCCUCCCUUCGGCGGCGAUCCGGCUGCCCCUCACGCGACACCCCGCGCUCUUACCUCGGGGAGCGGCCCGGGGCUCCCCCAGUCCUGUCGCCUCGGGACGCUGCGUGGGGCGGGAGCCCCGGCGCGGGCGGGCGGGCGAGUCCGGAGCCCGGCGGCCGCCCCGGAGGAGCCGGAGGGAGAGCGGGCGCGAGAGGGGGAGCCGCGGCGGCGUGUGCGCGCGUGUGUGUGAGCGAGAGAGCGAGGGAGAGCGAGGGACCUCUGGUGGAGACUCGGAGAAUGCAGCGCCCGCCGGGCAGGAGCGCCGCGCCGCGCCGAGCCGCAGGCGGCCGCCGGGCCGGGACCCCGAAGCCGGGGAGCCCCGGCCCCCGCCCCCGGAUCGCGCCCCUCCCCCGCCGCCGGGGGCCGGCCUCUCCGUCCCACCCUCGGCCGCGUCCCAGGAACCCCCGGGGGGCGGUGCCCCUCCUGCUUCCAACCGCAGAUGCACGCGAAGGGAGCGCCCCCAGGAGGGGCGCCGUCUCCCUCCUCGCUUGGCAGCUUUCCCCGGAGACCCCGAGUCUGAGAUCUGA